AUGGUUAAUCAUCUAUUGAGCACAUCCGAAUCAGAAUUCACAUCAAAUGUCCAUGGAGCUGUGGUUUCGACUCGUCCUUGUUCUAGAACUAGUGUUUCUGCAGUUGCAGCAUCCGAUGGUGCUGAGUCAGAUGUUUCUGUUAGUCUUUGGAAUGCAAAUGGGACGGGUUUCGUAAGUUCUUUGAAUCGAGUUACAUCCACCACUCGUUCGCUUUCACCUGUUGAAACUCGAAGAAAGAAUACCUAUAAACGAGGAAUUAUAUCGCACCGUCCACUUACUACAAUGAAGAGCAGUCCGCAACUUCUGAAACAUUCUGCUGAAGAAGAUUGA